AUGGAAGGCAAGAAUGCCGUCCCAGAAUUGCCGCCGAAAGAUGUAGACGCAAAUGAAGAAAUGCAGGAAGUAGAGUACGGGAAACGGGGGUGUUGUUUCUGGAUUCCUUGUUUCGGGUUCGCCGGGUCGUCGGUUCGGACUUGGGAGCUUAUCUCCACGUCGGAAAAUCCAAAGGACGAGACGAGCACGUGGUUGUCCAAGAGCGUUAAAGCGUUCAAGAAGGUUCGAGAGUGGUCGGAGGUGGUCGCCGGGCCUAAAUGGAAGACUUUCAUCCGCCGGUUCAACAAGAACCGCUCGAAAACCGGUAAGUUCCAGUACGAUCCGUUGAGCUACGCGUUGAACUUCGAUAACGGGCCGGAUCAUAACGGCGAUUCGGAGGAUAGUGUUGCGUACCCGGAUUUCUCGUCGAGAUAUGCGUGGAUUCCGUCGUCGAUGGAGUUGGGCAAGAACGCUGCGACAUUCACGUGA